GUGUACGUCCUGUCUAGAGCCCCACUUUGAUUGACAGGUUGCGUUUGCUGACUCAGCAAACAAUUGAAAUUAGUGAUUUACUCUAAGACACAAAGCCACCCGACGAAACUGUGCAGUUGAGCGGUAGAAGAGACGAGAGUGAACUACAAGAUGAUGUACAGAGAGUUGUUGUGUCUGGCCCUAUUCAUUGCCUCUGCAUCAGCCGCUGGAAUCGGGUUCAGCGUCAACAGGAAUACAGCAUGCGGUUCCUUCAAAAUUAAACAAGCUGGCCGACCCAUGAAUGAGUCCAUGACUGAUGUUGACACAGUUAAAGUUCUGGAUGACAUCAAGGCUCUCGACACCAACAAAGACGGCAGCCUCACUUCCGCCGAGAUGGACAAGCGUACUUUUGCAGCCGACUUCGACAGUUCCCUCACAAAACCCGCAGGAGCCUAUCGUUGCGAUUACGCAAAGCUGUUGAAGACGCGGUAUGACAUCAGCAGUGGCGUCGCAGGCCGCCUCUUUAGCACUGUAGACGUCAACACAGACUUCAAGGUCACCGCUGCGGACGAGGACGAGGCUGCAUUCAAGUCGCUCGAUAAGAAUGGUAAUGGCAAAGUGUCUGUGUGUGAAGUUUUCGAGGGGUUCAUGGAUGCGCUGCAAGAUGCGGAGGAAAAGGCCUACUUGCAACAGGUUGCGUAUACGGACAUCGCCUUUAGUACAAGGAAACGCUCACCCAUAUAUUUCCGUCGGUCUGACUAAACCACCAUGUUUGUCCUGGCAAGACAA